UAGCGGGAGCAUUGGCUGAAGUGUUUCAACCUUUGGCAAGCCUCAAGUCUGUCCUUGAUGUUAGAGCACGAUGGUGAUAACAGGUCCUUUGGCCUCUCUGGCUCUGCUCAUAUCACUUGCAUUUGGUGUUGCAGAUGCCAUUAGAACUUUGAAGGAUGGACCCAUGAUUGAUGCAGAAGGAAGGGAAUACAAAUCUGCUCCCCUGAGAACUGAUGCAGACAACAGCUGGCCGAACUUCAAUGAUGGACCCACUGUCCGUGUGGAGUGCUCAGAGGUGUCCAUGAUCGUCACGGUAAAAGCCGACCUGUAUAAAAAUGGAUAUCUUGUGUCACCUGGAGAACUUUUUUUGGGAGAAGAGACCAGCUGGUGUGGAGCUGUUGCUUCUGGUGACAGCGAAUACGUCAUUGAAGCUGACCUGCAGGACUGUGGCACCAAACUGAGUAUAUCUGAGGACUCUAUAAUCUACUCAAACCAGCUGGUGUUCUCACCAGCUGUCACAUACCGUGGCAUCACAAGGAUGGCCCAUGCUGUAGUUCCUGUUUCCUGCUACUAUAAAAGGCGACACACUGUGAGCAGUAACGCUCAGCAGCCGUCUCUGCUCUUCUUCCCUGCGACGUAUUCACCGGGGAGCUCCGCUUUCUCUCUGAGGCUGAUGAGCGAUGACUGGACAAGGGAGCUGUCCUCAAGAUACUUCUAUCUUGGUGACCUCCUGCACCUCGAGGCAUCUUACCAUGGUCCUGAUUCAGGACAGAGGAGACUCUUCAUCAAUAGUUGUGUUGCCACACUGACACCUGAUGCCACUUCAGUCCCCAGAUACUACUUCAUUGAGAACCAUGGGUGUCUCACUGAUUCAAGAGAGGGAUCAAACUCGCUGUUCCAACCUAGAAACAGGGCUGAUUCACUUCAGCUACAGCUCGACACUUUCCUGCUUCAAGAGGAUUCAAGGAACUCAAUUUAUAUAACUUGCCAACUGGAAGCUACACCUGCAAUAUGGAGGAGCAGCCCCAUAAACAAGGCCUGCAACUACAUAUACCCAAGGUGGAAAAAUGUGGAUGGGAAUGAUGGCGUUUGUCAGUGUUGUGACACUACCUGCACACCCUCAGUUUCAGAUCCCGUGCUUGGCGACACUGUAGUUCUGGGACCGAUGAUGAUUUUCACCAAUAAAUGAUAAAUUCCUGGACAACUGUCAACAAACCUUCACUACUUUAUUACCUGGCAUGAUGUAGUGUUAAAG